AUGGUGUCACCAUCUGUGCGGCUAGGUUCGCGACACACGUACCAAAAAACUCUUUGUUUGCCAAAGACCAAGUUUCCCAACCGAUCAAAUUUGCAAAAAACGGUCGAUGUGUUGAUCCCACAAUCAUCCCAAAACUUGUACAACCACCAGUUUAACGAAUUUCUGCGACGUGCAACAGCCCUGGGUCAACAAGAAAGGCUGAAGUUCGUGCAGGAAAAACUGUUUGUUUUGCACGAUGGCCCACCUUAUGCAAAUGGCGAUUUACAUCUGGGCCAUGCCCUGAACAAAAUACUAAAAGACUUCAUUAACAGAUUUCAGCUUUUGAGAGGCAAAUUUGUAUACUAUAGAUCCGGAUGGGACUGUCACGGGCUGCCAAUUGAGUUGAAGGCAUUGCAAAAGCUUAAUUCCAAUACCAACAAGCUUUCUGCGACGAAGGUGCGAUCUCUGGCCGCUGAACAUGCCAAGAAAACCAUCAAAAGCCAGCGAAGUCAAUUCGAGAAAUUUGCCAUAGCCACCAACUGGGAUGACCACUACGAAACUAUGCAAAAGCCAUUUGAGCUUCGACAACUAGAUAACUUGAAAAAGAUGAUUCAUCGGGGUCUAAUCAAAAGGCAAAAUAAGCCAGUGUACUGGGGAACGGAAACCAAAACUGCUUUGGCAGAAAGUGAACUAGAAUACAAAGAAGACCAUAUUUCAACUUCCGCCUAUGUCAAGUUCCCGCUGAGCAGCGACUCAGAAGCAUUUCUGCAAAAACAAUUCUCUUUGGACACUGAAAAGGGAAUCGACGUUGUUAUCUGGACAACAACUCCAUGGACGUUAUUUGCCAAUCAAGCUAUCUGCUUCAACAAAAAUUUGGAGUACGGCAUUUACGAGUUUGGCAACAGGUACCUAUUACUUCAAAGCGAAUUUGAUAUUGGGAAGUUUGAAAGCAAUGGAGCUGCCCGUCACAUCGCCUCAUUGACGGGCGAACAACUUUCCACACUAAAAUAUGUGAAUCCGAUUAUGGACAAACUUGAUGAAAAACCUUUUCUCCAUGGUGAACAUGUAAGCAAGACAGCAGGCACAGGAUUAGUCCAUACCGCCCCGGGUCAUGGAUUCGACGAUUACGCGAUCGGCAUAAAACAUGGGCUCGAAAUUUUCUCACCAGUGGACAAUGAGGGCCGCUAUAAACUCGAUGCAUUCCCUGACCCCAUUCAAGCUAUACUGAAAGAUUCAGACGAUGGAAUUGGACGUAAAGUAAUGAAGGAGGACACCACAGAUAUAGUCGUCGAGCUUUUACGUCAGAGCAAGAUGCUUCUAAAAACAGAGACAUAUUCCCAUUCUUAUCCCUACGAUUGGCGAUCCAAGAAACCUGUGAUCAUAAGAGCGACACCUCAAUGGUUUGCAGACCUCACCGACGUCAAAAGCUUGGCGCUUGAAAGUUUGGAGAAAGUUAAAUUCUUUCCUGAAAGAGGGCACGUAAGACUGGCAUCAUUUAUAAAAUCUAGAAAUGAGUGGUGUAUUUCUCGUCAACGAUCCUGGGGAGUGCCAAUACCAGCCUUUCAUAAACGUGAUAACUCUGAAGAGGUCAUCAUGAGUGAGGCUACCGUGGACCAUGUUAUAUCAGUGAUUGAACGGAAAGGAAUUAACGCGUGGUUCGAAGACGGAUGCGAGGAUAUGAAAGAGUGGCUGCUACCAGAAUAUCACGAUGUCGCCCACUUGUAUUGCCGAGGGAAAGAUACCGUAGACGUCUGGUUUGACAGUGGCAGUACAUGGAAGGAACUGGAAUCUUUUUACUCACAUCAGCUGGGCUUGGACACAAUACCUUUCCCACUGGCGGAUGUCUAUCUAGAAGGCUCAGAUCAGCACCGAGGCUGGUUUCAGAGUUCCCUGCUGACAAAGGUAGCCACUACAAAUGUACCCGAAGCACCAUAUGGAACGCUGAUUACUCACGGAUUCACACUGGACGAACAUGGAAUCAAAAUGUCUAAAUCCAUUGGUAACAUUGUUUUGCCGGAGAGCGUUUUUAAAGGAGAUGAAAAACAAGGCAUUCCUGCACUUGGUGUGGACGGACUACGACUAUUAAUUGCACAGGCGGACUUCACCACCGAUGUGGCCAUUGGACCUACAAUUACGCAGCGCGUCGCAGAUGCUUUGAAAAAGCUCCGACUGACUUUCAAGUUUCUCCUGGGAAAUUUGCAGCAAUCUGAGUCCGAAUACAAGCUUCUGGAGUUUGAAAAGUUGAGGCCAAUUGACCAGCAUACAUUGAUCAAAUUGAGCGAGCUGAACACGGAAACUUUGAAGCACUACGAGUCUUUCAAUUUUUCUAAAGUUUUGAAUGCUGUCAUGUACCAUAUGAACAACCAUCUGUCGGCCUUCUACUUUGACAUCAUCAAAGACUCACUCUACGCCGAUUCUGUCGGUGGCUUAAAGAGACAGCAAGUGCAAACUACCUUGUUUCACAUCCUCGACACAUACAGAAGCAUUCUGGGUCCCAUCAUACCCGUGAUGGUUCAAGAGGCUUGGAAUUAUCUCCCUCCAGGUUGGUAUAAAGCUGAAGGCGCUUCAUCAGACACGAAUGUCUUGCUGUCUCCUUUAAUGCGUCCCUGGGCCGUCCCCCCGGUUUUCUCGUCGUCGGAUCGUCAGAUCCACGAUUUUGAACAAAAUGAAUUGAAGAUCCUGCGAGCGUUCAACAGUGAAUUCAAAAAACUGGCGUCUGUCACCAAACCCGCUCAAACUCAAGCCAAAAUAGCCGUUCUUGGAAGUAGCGGCUUGCAUAUCUGUACCGAAUCUUUGGCAGAUUUACUACAGGUCGGUCAUUUGCAAAUUGUGGACGCACCACUACCAGACGGUGUUCGAUUGAGUUUGGGUGAUGGGGAAACUUUGAUAGAUCUUCUAGUUGAGCCCAGCGAGCUCCAUGAAUGUCCUAGAUGCUGGAAACACAACUCACAUACGCCAAAUUCCCUGUGCAAACGGUGCGACGCCGUUGUUAACGUGACCUAG